AUGGAUGCAGCUGGAGAUGCAAGUCUGGCCAAUAUUUCUCAAUGCACACAGCAGCACGUGUCCAACAUAGCCCGGUCCUUUGGCAAGCUUUUGGUCCACAGUGGUGCUUUGACAGCCGUCCUUUGCAGCAGCAUCCAGCAAAAAAUCACGGAAGCCCAGGCUCAGACACUCUCCAGCAUGGCCUGGUCUGUAGCCAGGCUGGUGGCAAAGGACAGGAGGUCUCUGGCCUCGACUUCAGAAGCGUCACUUGCCCGCAUGCACACUUUCGGCCCGCAAGAGACUGCAAACACCUCGUGGGGCUCUGCGAUGCUGGUGGUGGCAGAUGUUGCUCUGUGUCGUGGUCUGGCCGAUGCAGCCAUGUCAGCAAUGCCCUCCUUCCUGGUGCUGCAUUUGUCCAACACAUUGUGGGCCUUUGCUGCCAUGGCCACGCAACGCCCGCAACUCGUCGAGGCAGCUGGCAGCGCCGCGGUCACCAAAAUCUCCGCCUUUGGAUCCCAGAGCCUCUCUGCCACAGUGUGGUCUUGUGCCAAGUUGCAGCACUCCAGCGAGACCUUGCUGGAGGCAGCCGCCUCGGAAGCUUUGGGCAAGAUCGAGGCCUUCGCUGCCCAGAACUUGGCGAACACCUCCCGGGGCCCUGCCACACUCCGGGUCAAAGCCGACCCGCUGAUGAUGGCGGCUGCCUCCCGCGCCACAACCUUGAAGGAGGCAAUCCCAAAGGAGCCCUCCAGCGCGGCCUGGGCUUCUACGAAGUUGGCGUACGAGGGUGCUGCCUUCUUUGACUUGGUCGCUUCGGUGGCGAUGACGAAGAUCAGCCAGUGCGACGCGCAGUCUUUGUCCAACCUGGUUUGGGCCUUCGGCACCGUGGUGCUCCAGCCUGGGCCUUUGGUGCCGGCGACCUCGCAGGCGGCGCUGGCAAAGCUGCACACCUUCGAUCCCCAAGAGUUGGCCAACACAGUCUGGGCCCUUGCCAAGCUGUUACUUGUGGACCGGCUCUUGUGCGACGCCAUCGCUGUGGCUGCAAUGUCGGGGGUUGCCGGCUUUGCCUCACAGAAUCCCACCAACAGUGCAUGGGCCCCUGCGUCCCUUGGGCUCCGCAGCAAGCCGCCAAUGGAGGCCGCCUCGGAAGCUGCCCUGAGAAGCUGCGGCCGUUUGAUCCCGCAGGAGGCCGCGAACUUGGCCUGGUGCUGCGCCAAGAUUGGCCUCGCCGGCGAGCGAUUCCUUGCUGCGACUGGAAGCCAAGCCGUCGCCAUCGUUUCCGAGCUCGUGAUCUUUGGCUGCAGGACGCAGGAUUCGUCCAACUCUGUGUGGGCCUGCGCUACCUUGCUCUAUGAUAGCGCGCGAUUGGCCGAAGCGAUUUCGACCCACUCGGUGCAGAAGCUGCACCUCUUUCUGAACCAAGAGCUUUCUAACACAGCCUGGGCAGCUUCAAAGCUGCAAAGAGCCGGCCGAAGCUUGAGGGCAUCCUUGGCCUCAGAGGUCCAGAGCCGCCUCGCAUCUCUGGAUGCUCAGGCGCUCUCCAACCUCUCCGACUCGGUGCCCGACAUGUCGGAACAGUUAUUGGCAAGGCUGGAGCCCUUCCUUGUCAAUUUCGUCCAAGGGAUGCCCCGGACUCUCGCCGAAUGGAGUGGCGCGGGGUUCCUACAGGUCCUCCACCAGACCGGUGUGGACAAUUUCGGGAUCGCCGGCACGAAUCGGCUGCUGAUGAAGCUGGGCAUCUCAAGCCCAGGGGCAGAUUUCGUCGACAGGGCCCUCCGCCGAGUGGAGCAGACCCUUGAGGAAGGUGAUGCGCGACAGGACGAUGCAAAAUUCGAAAGUAUGGAGCUUAACAUAAACCCGGGUCUACGAACCUGUUCACAUAUUGCUUCUGCUGAGGAACUAGGAGGUUCUUGGCAAUUGUUAAGGCUGUAUAGUGGUUCGGGUUCCGCAGCCCUUGCUCCCCUACCGAUGAAGAUGUGA